CUUUAUUCCAAUCUCUCAGAUCUUCCAUCCCUCUGAAAAAUCCUCUCAUUUUCAUUCCAUUCAAACAUCCCUCAAUCAUGGCCACCAAUUCACAACGCGAGGAAAAUGUCUACAAGGCGAAACUUGCGGAGCAAGCCGAGCGCUACGAGGAGAUGGUCAAGUUCAUGGAAGCCGUUGUCUCCUCCGUCGCCGCCCCCGACCCCGACGAACUCACCGUGGAGGAACGCAACUUGCUAUCCGUUGCGUACAAGAACGUGAUCGGCGCCCGCCGUGCCUCCUGGAGGAUCGUUUCCUCUAUCGAACAGAAAGAGGAAGGACGUGGCAACGCCGAUCAUGUCUCUAUCAUCCGCGAGUACAGGGUCAAGAUCGAGGCCGAGCUAUCAGAGAUUUGUGCCGGAAUUUUGAAGCUUCUGGACGAGAAACUCGUUCCAGCCGCCGGGAACGGUGAUUCGAAGGUCUUUUAUCUGAAGAUGAAGGGAGAUUACCAUAGAUACUUGGCUGAGUUCAGGACUGGCGAUGACAGGAAAGCUGCUGCGGAGAAUACGCUCUCUGCGUAUAAAUCUGCUCUGGACAUUGCAACUUCUGAGCUCGCCCCAACUCACCCUAUUCGUUUAGGAUUGGCUCUGAACUUUUCAGUGUUCUACUACGAGAUCUUGAAUUCUCCUGAUCGUGCUUGCAGUCUUGCGAAACAGGCUUUUGAUGAAGCCAUCGCAGAGCUGGAUACUCUUGGAGAGGAUUCAUACAAGGACAGCACUUUGAUAAUGCAACUUCUUCGUGAUAACCUCACUCUGUGGACGACCGAUAUGCAGGAGGAUGGAACAAAUGAAAUCAAAGAAGCUUCCAAACCUGAGGGUGAGAAACAACAGUGAAAUCUCUAAUCUUGGCAGUUAGUACUUUACUUCUCUGGUUGUUUUUGUAUGGAGAAGUUGAUUGAUCCCACUAUGCUUAAUGUUUUUCGACACUAGUGUUGCUUGCACUGAAUCAGUCACAUGUAUGCUUGUGAUUAUUAUAAGAUUAUUAAUUUUAA